AUGGAUCCGCUGUCCAUCGCAGUUGCUGUGUCAAGUCUCGCCAUCGCGACUGCCCGCGUGAGCAAUUCAAUCCACGACAUAGCAGGCAAAGCCAAUCGAGCGAACACUACAUUGACCGCAAUAUCUGCAGAAUGCGCCAUCAUCUCGUCGACGCUCGGCCAGGUCGAACACCUUGUGAAAGCGGAUCCGACGGCAUUCUCGAGCAAACUAACAGAUGCAGCACAUAACGAUGCUGGCGUGCCCUCUCUAGGAGACAAUUUGCGCAAUGCGCUGGAGAGCUGCGAUGUUACCAUCGUGGCUCUGUCCGAUACAGUGGGCAGGUGCGCCUCGAAGACCGGGCGUACUCUGCUAGGGAAAGCAAAAUUUCUGUGGAAUGAAGCAGAGCUCACAGAAAGGCUGCAAACGCUGCGAGGAUUGAAUCAAGCACUCACUGGGCUGCUAUCGGCCACACAGGCAGACUCUUUGACCAACGUACGGCGCAUCCUGAGUGACAACACGGCUGCCCUCGAGACUAUGGUGAGAAGAUCUCGUACAUACCGCAAGAAGUACGUUCCGAGCAUUCUCAGUGGCGCUGAAGUUACUCUGUUUGAGUUCGACGAUCAAGUCGUGGAUAGCCCAGCUUAUCGGAGAGCCUUUAAUUCUUUUCAGGCGUCGACGGGAUCUCGUACUCUUGUCAACGAUAACGAGACACGCCGGGAGGAUGCCUCCUUCGUUGUGGUAGACCACCAUAAACCUGAGAAGAAAAUAGAACCUCAGAGUCCAUCUUCUGUGCCCUCUUCACUGCCGAUCCGAGAAGUUGCCACACCACAGGCUGCGCCGGAUCUUUCGAAUCCGGAUCAGAAAGCACUAAGUGAGAAGCUGUUCGCUGCUGUGCGCGAUGUCAAGGUCGACCAGGUCAAGUCGUUCUGCUCACAAGGAGCUGAUCUAUCCGCGCGAAAUGCCCAGGGCUUGCAACCACUACAUCUGGCUGCAAACAACGGCAGUCUAGAGGUGGUCAAAGUGCUAGUGUCGUAUGGUGCAAACAUAGAGGCUACCACGAACGACAAUGAUGGGAUGGUACCACUACAUCUCGCAUGCAGAGAGCAGAAGACUCCAGUCGCGCUGUACCUUAUUCGAACUGCUGGAGCGAAUAUACAUGUGCAAGACAAGCAUGGGAACUGGCCGCUGAAUCGGGCCGCUAUCAAGGGCGAUUUGCAGGUCAUCAAAGCACUUCUGACAGCUGGAGCUGACCUCGAGUGUGUUGGGUAUCUCGGCUGGCAUCCACUGCACCAUGCGGCUGGGAACUUGCAUGUGAUAGCGACACAGCUACUGCUGAGCAAAGGAGCCGAUAUAGCAGCGGAAGCAGAGAACGGAGACAGCCCGUUGCACGUUGCGGCAGAGUUCAACGCUGCUGCUGUUGCCGAUCUGCUGAUUUCUCGAGGCGCGGAACUGGAUGCCAUCAAUCACGCUGGCGAUCAACCUCUUCACAAAGCUGUAUUCAAAGGCAUGACGGUCACUAUCGAUCUGCUGCUCAACAAAGGCGCAGAUAUCGAGGCUUUCGAGAGCAAAGGUGGGACCGCACUACAUGUCGCCGCUGAACAAGGCACUACUGCGGCGGCAGAGUUAUUAUUGGCUCGAGGUGCUCGUCUAGACGCCAUAAACAAGUCAAGCAACCAGCCUCUGAACGUAGCGGUGGCCUUCGGCCACUUUGCGAUCGCGCAAGCCAUGAUAGAGAAGGGCGCCGACAUAGAAGCCAGAGGAGCCGGCGGCUGGAGUGCGAUACAUCAGGCAGCCCGCAACAACAGACCUGAAAUACUGAAGUACAUAAUCUCCAAAGGCGCCGUCCUGGACCCUCGCGCGGACGAGGGCGACAGGCCCAUCCAUCUCUCACUCCGCUGGCAUCACUUACCAUGCGUGAAAAUCCUCGUCGAAGCCGGAGCAGACAUUGAAGCGAAAGGCCAAUACAACCAAGCACCACUCCACAUCGCCGCCGAGAUCUCCAACACCUUGACAGUCGAAUACCUGGUCAGCAAAGGAGCAAGCGUCACAUCCUACAUGGACAACGACCAACCUCUCCACCGCUCCGCACGAGUCGACAAAGCCGAAAACGCCCGCAUCCUCAUCCGCGCCGGUGCGAAUCCCACCGCAGUAAACAAAGUCGACGUCCAACCUAUGCAUCUCGCCGCAGGCCUCGGCCACAUUAACGUCGUCAAACUCCUCCUCGAAUACGGCGUCCCCAUCGACAUCGAAGACGUCCCCGUCCCUUCCACCUCCGAUUCUCCUCAACCGCCUCUCGUCCGCUGCGCAGGAAACGGUCAUCCGAAAUGCUUGGAAUUCAUGUUAUCGCAAAAAUGUAAUAUUGAACUUGCUUCAGCGAAUGGUGAUACGGCGUUGAUUGUUGCGUGCUGGAAUGUGAAGGUUGAAUGUGUGAAACUUAUGUUGAAGGCGGGGGCGAAUGUGAAUUCGAAGAGUGAUAAUGGGUAUUCGCCGAUGCAUUGUGCGGUUAAGAAGGGGAGUGUGGAGAUUGCGAGGUUGUUGUUGGAGACGGGGAGGUGCGAUUUGGGGUUGAGAAAUGCGGAUGGGAAGACGGCGGCGGAGUAUGCGGAUGUGGAAGGGAAGGGGGAGAUUGGGGAGUUGUUGAAGGGGUGGAAGGGGAGUGAGAACGGGGCUGGGUUGAUUGACUUGUGA